AUGACUCAACCCAAAUAUAAGAUGAAGAAUUUUGACAACUCGCUCCGCAUGUACAACCGAAAGGUGUUAUUAAGAACGAGAAUGCACACGUAUACAAAAAAGUAUAUCGAUAAUUUGUUUACCAAUGCAGUUUUUAACAAAUGUGAAGUUUCGGUGUUAAAAUUAACUGCAGAAGACAUAGCAAAUUAUAAAUUGAGCUUAAUUAAAAAUAAGGAUACACCCAAAGAAGAUAAUAAUGCAUUAAAACAAGAUAAGACAUGUAAAAUCAAUAUAACAUCUAAAGAUGAUAAAAAGUCAAAAGUUGUUAAAAUAUCUAAAAACAGUAAAACAUUUAAAAACAGUAAAACAUUUAAAAACAGUAAAACAUCUAUAGAUGGCGAGCCUGCUAAAAAAAAGCAGAAGUUAGAUACAAAUGGAAUAGAUGUUUUGAAAUUGGUAUUAUCUAGAGAGGGUGAAACUCAUAAAUUCAAAUCGCAGUUCAAAUCCGCAUUGAAAUCCAAUAAGGAAAUUGCUUCUACCAAUGCUGAGGAGGUACCCAUGGUAAUUGAUUGUGACAAAGUUACUGAAUCUUCAAAUUCCUCAACAAAAAAUCUAAAACCACUGAUCUGGGUCAUUGAUCCCAAGAAUAUGAUGGAUGAAAAUAACUUCAUUAGGUGGAUGAAAAUGAUUAGUCCUGAUAAUAAAUCUAAACGUUCAACAAAUGGCCUGAAGAAGUUAGUUGCUAAACCCUGUGCAAUCAGACCCAAACCACCUUCAAUUAGUACCAAUGUAAAUGGAAUUAAACACACUUUGAAUGGCAAAAAUCAUGAUGAAGGUGCUUUAAUUCCAAUUGAAAAUGUAUUUAAAAAGUAUUUUAGCAAGGACGUACAAGAUACUAUUGUGAUUAUUGCAAAUAUUCUCAACAUAAUUUCAAUGUCCAACAAAUAUCACAAACUACGAAUGGAUGAAUGUUUUAAGAAAAAAUCUGACACUGAAAAACUUAAAGAAAGAUGUGAUGCAAACCGAAUGCACGGAAUACAUAAAACAAUUUUAGAAACCAAGUUGAAGAACAAUUUUAUAAAGGUCGUAUCACCUUUUAAAGAACCGGAAUUUGAUACAGCAUUUAAAAUGUUUUUUUUAAGUAUAUUAACUGUACUUCGAGUUUUGGAACAUCCAAGAAACAGAAAAGGUAGCAUCUUCAAAAAUUUAGUGCUUUUAUUAUGGAAUAGUUUGAAAAACAGUGACUAUAACCAUCCCAAAGUUUAUAAUAUGUUUCGGUCAAAGACAUUUCGACCUGAAUGCGUCGAUGUAAUAAGUGUAAUUGAAGAUAGUCGAGAUACUGACCCAGGAGUCACUGAACGUAUGUCAUUGUUUUUUAUAUCAACUGCAAACAGCCAGGAAUAUUUUCAAGCAGUUAUGAAUGCUGUCACCAGUGAUUCGAACGAAGACCUUGCAUUAUUAAUCGAUGAUGCUAUUUAUAAAUGUCGUAUUAAUUCAAAGUUUAAAGAUCCUGCAGGUUUAUCAACUGUACAACAUUCCAAUUCCAAAAUACAAGUAGCAAAAACUAUUCAAAGCUCUUCAAAGUUUAAACUUCCCGUAGAUACAUCAACUAUACAACAUUCCAAUUACAAAAUACCGGUAACUAUUCAGAGCUCUACCAACACUGAAACAAUUCAACAAUGGAUCAUAACCAAAAGUCCAAAUGGAACUUUGCAACAAAUGCCUGUGCUGAAUGGUAGUAAGUCCCAAACAAUUGGUAAUAAUGGAAUAGAACCGUCAAUUGUCACGAGCCAACCAAUAAAUAAUUUCCAUACAACUUCUUCUAUACACUCUUCACUACAAAAGAAAGCUUCUGAAUUGACUACUUCUAAAGUGAUACCAACAAAAAACUGUAUUGUUGUUACGCCAACUAUUUCCAAUAGUCCUUUGGUGCAAGUAACAGCGUCGUCAACAUCCACAGCAACAUCCACAGCAACAACAUCAAAAUUUUUGACAUUCAAACCAUCAAUUCAAAAUCAAUCUGAAGGCAGCACUAUUGUACUUGGUAAUAAAUAUUAUCAAUUGGUUAAAGGGCCAACAGGUAUAAUGAGAGCCGCCGCAGUCAAUGGUACUAAUAGAUUGCUGAUAACACCGCAAACAAGUACAGUGAGAGCCGCCCCAGUUAAUGGUACUAAUAGAUUGCUGAUAUCACCGCAAACAAGUACAAUGAGAGCCGCCACAGUCAAUGGUACUAAUAGAUUGCUGAUAUCACCACCAACAAGUACAAUGAGAGCCGUCCCAGUUAAUGGUACUAAUAGAUUGCUGAUAUCACCGCCAACAAGUACAAUGGGAGCCGUCCCAGUUAAUGGUACUAAUAGAUUGCUGAUAUCACCGCAAACAAGUACAAUGGGAGCCGCCCCAGUUAAUGGUACUAAUAGAUUGCUGAUAUCACCGCAAACAAGUACAAUGGGAGCCGCCCCAGUUAAUGGUACUAAUAGAUUGCUGAUAUCACCGCAAACAAGUACAAUGGGAGCUGCCCCAGUUAAUGGUACUAAUAGAUUGCUGAUAUCUCCACCAACAAGUACAAUGAGAGCCGCCACAGUCAAUGGUACUAAUAGAUUGCUGAUAUCACCGCCAACCACUGGUGUCAAAUGCUACGCCAGAGAUUGUAAGAACUCUUCAAAAAUAAUGUGCAGUAGCUGCAAAAUGGUGAAAUACUGUUCCCAUAACUGUCAACGACUUGACUGGUAUGCCACUCAUAUAAAUGACUGUGAGCGAAUGCUAAGCAGAAAUCAGACUUGA